AUGGCUGGAAGACAAGCGCAUGGCAAUGCGCCGUCCAAGAAGCCAAAGCUGCGAAACAAAUCGAAAAAGAGGGUUCUAGAUGCAUUUUCUAUUGCAUCCCAUGAAAAUCCGGACAAGAUUAAAGUUCGCAGGAAUCGUCUUGGUGCACAGGAAGGAGGAAACCGGCCAGGAAAACGGCGUCGAAACGACGAUGAUGACGACGAUGAUGAAGAACUCGAGACGGGUGCAAAAAAGCAGCGGAAAGGCCCUGCCAAAGGCCGUUUUGAUGAGUUAGACGUGGAUGAAGGAAGUGAUAGUGAGGGGAACGAGUGGAAGCUUGGACAUGUGGAUAGUGAUGAUGAUAGUGAUCUGGAUAGCGAUGAAGCUUUUGGAGAGAGCGAUGAGGAGCGAUUUGAGGGAUUUGCUUUCUCUGGGAGCUCUGAUAAGAAGGGCGGGAAGAAGAAAUCGACACCCCCCACCAAGGGUAUCAACCUCGACGAAGAUGAUGAAGAGGACUCGGAUUCAGAACUGGAGGAGGGAGAUAUGGGGGAAGAUGCAGUUGAUCUUGCUGACAUGCUAGAUGCAUCUGAAGAGGAAGCUGACGAGGAUAUGGCUGGCGCUGGAGACAGUGGAGAAGACGACGAUAGCUCAGGGUCCGAUGAAGGAGACGAGAGUGAUGAUAUGUCCUCAGUUACAUCGGACGAUGAUGGAGAAGCUUCGGACCCUGCUAAGAUUGCAGCUCUUCAGAACCUCAUUGCAAACCUUCCCCAGGCAGAAGAAACCGGUCAGGCUCCACCGAAACAGCGCCACGAUGGCGCCAGCGAGUACAAUACGCCCUCCGAUUUUGGUCUCACAUCGAAAACCAAACUUACGCUGGAAGACCUGGGUUUACCUACAAUAAGUGAUCCACAUAUCAAGAAGUCAUUGAAAUAUAUUGAAUCCGACACAAAAACCGGCAGCAAAAAGAAGGGAAUCCAAGCAAAGCUUGACGUACCGCUAUCAAAACGGGAGCAAGACCGUUUGGAUCGCAGUGCUGCUUACGAUAAGGCCAAGGAAACUUUAGACCGGUGGACAGACACUGUUCAACACAAUCGUAGAGCAGAUCACCUCGUAUUCCCUCUUCCCGACCAUGAUGCGAUCUCAGCAAAAUCGAACAAACAACUUGUCCCAACAACCCAGACCAAGCCUUUCAACGAAUUAGAGGCUGCUAUUCAGAGCAUUCUUGAAGAGAGUGGUCUUGCGGCGGCGAAUGGGAAAGAUGAUGAAGAUAUCAUCCGAGAAUAUGAGGAGUUAGAAGAGAAAAAGAUGACUAUCGAAGAAGUUAAGUCACGAAGGGCACAGUUACGGAUGGCUCGGGAGCUUCUUUUCCGUGAAGAAGCUAAGUCGAAACGGAUUAAGAAGAUCAAGAGCCGAUCAUACCGCAAGGUCCAUCGGAAGCAGCGUGAAAAGGAAGAGCUUUUAAAUCGCGAGGCUCUUGAAGAAGGUGGCUAUGUUCCUUCCGAGGAUGAGCUCGAGGCUCAAGAUCGGCGACGAGCCACCGAGCGCAUGGGUGCAAAGCAUAGAGGUAGCAAAUGGGCAAAAGCUACGAAGGAGAUCGGUCGAGCUGCUUGGGAUGAAGAUGCGAGGGCUGGUAUUACCGAAAUGGCUCGAAGGGAUGAGGAGUUAAGGAAGAGGGUCGAAGGGAGAGCUGUCAGAAAGGAAUUUGAGGAUGGUUCUAACACCUCUUCCAGCGAGUCGGACGAAGCCAGUGACGACGACGAGGAGACUGAACAAGAUCGAAUUCUUCGCCAACUAGAUAAGGUUGGUAGCUCUGAAGUGCUCCAUGCAUCGGGGCCGGGAGGUAAACUAUCGAAUAUGAAAUUCAUGCGUAAGGCCGAGGAUGCGCGGAGAAAAGAGAACGACGCGAUGGUUGAGGAUAUUAGACGCGACCUUGCUGGAGAACCUUCUAAUAGUGAAGGAGAAGAAGGGGCUGGAGAUGUUGGGCGAAGGAUUUUCGGGCCAGGAAGCACCAAAGCUCAAGCCAAAGUUAACCCAUCCCACGCUAGCGAAUUUGAGGAACCGGAGGGAUCGGAGAAGGACGAGGACCAGGAGGAUUUCGAGUUUGAGAAUGUUAGCACCGGUCUGAAAUCCAUUGCAAAGCCAUCUAACACCAAGAAAACGAACGGGGUCUCUAACUCCCUGGGUCUGAAAACGGCAAAUGACAAACCAGCUGCAGUUUUGGAAGGAGGGGCAUGGUCGAAAGUCUCCACGAAGUCUGCUAGCAUUAGCGAGGCAGAGGCAAAGAGGCGUCGGCAUAAAAAGAAUAGUGCAGUUGAAAUUGAAGAGCUAGAUCUAUCGAAGGCUAGUAUGAUUGCCACUCAGCCAAAAUUGGCAAAGGCAUCGAAAAAGUCGUCGGAGCUCCAGAUGGACUUGGAUUCUGACGAGAACAAUGACGACGACGCUAUCCAGCUUCCAUUUGCCAUACGGGACCAAGAGCUGGUUAAGAGGGCCUUCGCUGGAGCAGAUGUUGUUGGUGAAUUUGAGACUGAAAAGAAUCAGACAAUUCAGGACGAGGACGACAAAAUCAUAGAUAAUACAUUGCCUGGAUGGGGAAGCUGGAUUGGUGAUGGUGUGAGCAAAAGAGAAAAGGCUCGGAACAAGGGUAGAUUCUUGACGAAAGUCGAAGGAAUCAAGGAGCAAAAUAGGAAGGAUGCAAAGCUUGACCGCGUAAUCAUCAACGAGAAACGUGUCAAGAAGAAUGGAAAGUAUCUUGCGUCUACUCUUCCGCAUCCAUUCGAAACGAAACAACAAUACGAGAGGUCUUUGCGAUUGCCUGUUGGCCCUGAAUGGACAACAAAGGAGACCUACCAAGAAGCUACGAAGCCGAGGAUCUUGCUCAAACAGGGCAUUAUCGCCCCAAUGUCGAAGCCGCUUAUGUAG